GUCCUUUAUAAUUUAUAAAAAAAAUUAAUGAGCAACACAUUUCCCGACAAAAUUAAUAUAGAUAAACCAAGAUGGAAUCAAGAUACCUAUUUGGGAAGAGCAAAACAUUUUUUUGCUAUAACCAACCCAUUGAACAUAUUAGCAACUGAGAAAGAAUUAGAAAAAGCUAAAGAUAUAGUCACUAAAUACAAAAAAGGGGAAAGUUUGAAGGAUUUAAAUACUGAUGUAGAUGGACUCUGGAGGGCAAAGGCUCUAUAUGAUUCUGCCUACCACCCAGAUACUUGUGAAAAAAUGGUUUUAAUUGGUAGGAUGUCUGCUCAAGUUCCUAUGAAUAUGAUUAUAACCGGAGGAAUGCUCACUUUUUACAAAUCUAAUUCGGCUGUCAUUUUUUGGCAAUGGAUAAAUCAGUCAUUUAACGCCCUUGUUAAUUACACCAACAGAAGCGGAGAUUCUCCUAUACCUAUAUCACAAUUGGGAUUAUCUUACGUUUUUGCUACUGGAGGAGCCUUAACGACAGCACUAGGCUUGAAUCGCCUCUUAAGAAAUGCACCAUCGCUUAUAGGAAGAUUUGUCCCUUUUUGUGCGGUGGCGGCUGCUAAUUGCGUGAAUAUUCCUAUGAUGAGAUCAGAGGAACUUAAAAAUGGCAUAAGUCUUUACGACGCUAAAACAGAUGUAAAAGUGGGAGAGUCUGUCCGUGCCGCUCAAAUAGCCAUUCCAUCGGUCGUUUUAUCUCGCGUCUUGAUGUGCGUACCUGGAAUGAUUCUACCUCCAAUUCUGAUAAAUUCCUUGGAAAAAAGAGGAUUUUUUUUGAAAUACCCAAGAUCCGUGGCUCCCAUACAGAUCGCUCUAUGCGGAAUUUUCUUAAUAUUCACUACUCCCUUGUGCUGUGCCAUGUUUCCUCAAAAGAUGCAUAUCUCUGUUGCCAGGCUAGAACCUAAUCUAAGGAAAAAAUUGGAGGAGGCGAACGUCAAAACGGUUUAUUUCAACAAAGGCCUUUGAGAUGAUUUAAUCUUCCCGGAAAUCAAGGUCGGAAAAUAAAAUAUAAGGAUUUUUUUUCCUUACCUCAUUAUAAUUGUAGUUCUCAAAGAGUUAUGAAAAAUAUUAAUAAAUACAAUGAAUCAUAAAAAUUAAUAAUAUUAAAUUUCUUAAUCAUUUAUAAAUAAUUUUUUAGGUGCAUUUUUUAUAAUAACAAUUUUUUGGGAAAAAAUCUUGAGUAUAUAUAUAUAUAUACUCUAGUUGAUUUAUAAAAUUAUUUUCGAUUUCUGAUUAAUGAAGCCUCCAUUUAGAAUAGAA